AUGGCAUCUAACAACGAUGACAUAUACAGCGCAGCACUGGGCAUUGACAAAAAGGUCGACAUUCUCCAUCAUAUCCGCAGUCUUCCAACAGUAGAGGCGCAAACCGAAGCCGCCAACAAGAUCAAGGCCAUUGAGCGCGAAGCAAUGCGUCACCAACAGCCCCAGCCAGGGUUGGUGGAACUGAUGGACUACCUCCAGGAUAAGGGCGUCAAGCGGGCGCUGUGCACGCGGAAUUUCGAAGCUCCCGUACGACAUCUACUGGAGAACCAUCUCCCCGCCCAUGUCUUUGUGCCCAUCAUUACACGGGAAACCCCCGGUCUACUGCCGAAGCCGGACCCGGCUGGCAUUCUGCACAUAGCCCAAGAAUGGGAUCUGGCAAAUGGAGGCGAGGAUCUCAUCAUGGUCGGCGACAGCAUCGACGAUAUGACUGCUGGCCACACCGCCGGCGCAGCAACUGUGCUGCUUGUAAAUGACCAUAACGGUCACCUGAAGGACCACGCACAUACAGAUCUCUGCAUUGAGCGUCUUGAUGAUCUGGUCGGAAUCCUCGACAAAGGUUUCGUUGGACAUCGCGGUGGCGAUAAAGCCCCUACCGAUGCAUAA